GAUUCAUCGUCUCAAUGGAAGCGGUACCAGGCUGGGUCCCAGCAGUGGGUUUCACACUCUUGCCCCAUGCAGGAGGAUUUUUAGGAGGCAAGAUAACCAAAAAGGAAAUCCCCGUGUGGUAUGAAACUCUACAGAAGCCAUCUUGGCGUCCACCUAACUGGAUGUUUGCUCCUGUUUGGGGAACUCUCUAUACAUCUAUGGGAUAUGGCUCCUACCUGGUGUGGAAGGAACUGGGGGGCUUCAAUGAAAAGUCUGUGGUUCCACUGGGUCUGUAUGCAGGGCAGCUGGCAUUAAACUGGGCAUGGACUCCCAUAUUUUUUGGAGCUCACAAAAUGGGAUGGGGUUUGGUGACUCUCCUACUCACCACCGGUGCAGCAACAGCUACAACUGCUUCCUGGUGUAACGUCAACAGAACGGCAGCGUAUUUGAUGGUUCCUUAUUUAGCUUGGUUAACCAUGGCUUCUGUGCUCAAUUACCGUAUCUGGAAGGACAAUCACAACAAGAAACAACCCGAAUAAAGAAUCUUCUUAGGAGAGAGACAUCAGCCAAAAGAUCUUUUUUUAAAGAGUUUUCUAAAUGGCCUUCCUGUAUUUUUAGCUGAACUACUUAAUGCUAUUAGACAAAGCGACUGCUAAUUACUAUUUGACAGAGCAGUACUUGUUUAAAAGCAAGCGUGCCUUUACUAGACAAGUCACAAAGGGCUGCAUACCUUGGUGACUUUUAUAACACAAUAAAAGACAGUGAUUAAAAAGAUACUAGUUUUCUAUAUCAUAGUUAAAAUGCUGUUGUCAUAUAAACUGUAAUACUAAAAAUGAGCACAAAUUACAACUUCACUAGGUUCAGAGGUAGAAAUCAAGCCAUAUGUUAAUACAGCUUCCAGAAAGCUGCUCUUAACAAUCAGGCAUGAUUGUGGCCUGAAUCUUUCGUAUGUUUUCCACUAGACAGUGCUGUGCCUUAGUGCUGCAAAGCACCCAUCCCACUAGAGCUGCUAGGUAUUUGUUCUCCAAUCAUUGUACUCUGGAAAUGUUUAAGAUCACAUCUUUUUCACAAUUUGUGCCUUCCCACUUUAAAGCAUAGUACACUCUAAGUGUCAGCUAAAUGCAUUAAACUGCAUGUAACUUACGA